UGCAAACUAAUUUGAAUGUGGCCUAUCCAGGCUAUGGAGCCAUUGAACCUGUGAAAUACAUUAUCAAACUAUUGUUUACAGCAUCUUUUGCAGUGCUGCUUUUUCGCAGUAGGCUUAAUUAUGUUAGUUGCGAUAGCGAAUUCAAAACUUGAUUGCGAAAGUGAUAUAAAUUAAUGAUUUUUCAACAUUGUUCAAAGCAAAAGUGAAAAAAUACUGAGUUUUAUUUGUGUUGACUCUGAGUUUAUGUGACAAUGCCGCUUUUUGAGCGUUUGAAGAAGAGGACAAAAGGAAUUACUUUGUUUGUGUUUACUGCUGACGUAGUUAUCUUAAUAAUAGUUUUAAUAAUUUUAUGGGCGAUGCCGGAGCCCCGUACCCCCGGGGAGGACUGUGGUUAUAUGUGCCUGCAGUGCACGACCGACUCUAGUGGGAUAUGUUGUGGUUGCCGAGAUGUAAUUCUACAAAACUAUAUGGAAAAGACCUUCGAUAAAAAACACAAUGAGAUUUCUGCCGAAUAUGCAGCAAUGUUUGAAAGAACAGUUGUUAAAAUUCACAAAGGUUACAUAGGAGACGUGAAACCGGUUGCACAUUUGAUCGGAGAGGACAGAGACAUGCCAGCUACAGAUGAAAUAAACAAGAACAUUCUCCCAAUCAGGAAGUGGUAUAGGGGAAACAACUGUCUGCUUUUAAAUGGUGUAACAUUAAACAAUGGCCGUGUGCGUGUUCCUGUCAGUGGAUAUUAUCAUGUAUAUAGUGCCAUAGACUUUAACUACCAGUUUAUCCGAAACACAACACAAAAUACCAUUGAUGUACAGUCGAAGAGUUCAUGUUUAAUUCAUUCAAUAUAUAAAUCAAACAUUAGAGACGAGAACAGUGGCGAGAAGGAAGUGAUGUGUACCCACCACCCAUAUGAGCGAUCGGAAAACGCAAUAUUUUCCAGAUACGAUACGUACAUCUCCGCAGAUAUUCAUCUGGAAGCAGGAGAAGAAAUUUAUGUUAAAGUAGCCAACAUUUCAUAUGCUUCAAGUCCACCAAAGAAUGUUUUUGGAAUACAUUUGAUUUAAUCAUGAUAAUAAGAGAAAACACGUACUGGUCAUGACUCUAUAAAACAUACAUACGGAGUGGACAGUUAUGAUUUUCAUUCUAUACAACAAUAAAAAAUAAAUAUAUGAUUGACUUUAUAAUAUACACAAAUUACAAAAAUAUACACACGGACAGUUAUUAUUUACUUUGUACAAAAACACACACAUACCGUUUAUGAUGUAUAUGUUUCAAAAACACACACGUAGAUUUAUGCUGUGCAUGUUCUAAAACAGAUUACGGAGGGUUAAGCUUUAUAUGUUUUAAAAACACACACGGAGAGUACUAUUUACAUUUUUCAAAAACACAAACACAGGGAGCGUAAAACUUUCAAUACAUGUUUAAAAAACAUUCACACUUACAGAAGGACGAGAUAUUUUUAAAACUUUAAUAAUUAUCGUGUUUAGUUCCUAAACGAUUGUUUUAAAUGUAACACAUGGAUGUAAAGGACUGUUUGUGUUACAAGUUAUAUUUUACGAAGUGUUAUGUUGUGUUCAUGUGCUUUAAUAACUAUUUAUAUUAUUAUACAGUACUCUUUAUUGUAGUCCGAGAUUACCCUGACGUCCAACGGCUGUUUUGCCAGACAACUGGUGCCGUGGGACCCAGCUUGUCUGGCAAAACAGCCGUUGGGCGUCAGACUAAUCUAGGACUAUCUACAUUGAAAAAAAUGAUUAUAAAUAAGACAACAAUUAUUCAUUUAACAGUUUUUUUCAUGUUUCUUUUAAAUAAAGUUAAAUUUCUUACAA